GCUGCAUCAUAGCUCACUGUAGCCUCAAACUCCUGGGCUCAAGUGAUCUUCCUGCCUUGGCCUCCCAGAGUGCUGGGACCAUACACACCUGCUACAAUGCCUGGCCAGAAGGUCUUCAGCAGAGCAAAAGUUUUUAAUUAUGGUGUGCACAGCUGCCGGAAGGGAGGCUAUCCUGAAGAACCUGGUGACAGACCCACCUGUGCUUUCAGCACUGGUGGCAGGGACUCCACGACUGACCACACCCUUACCCCAGCCUCUGAGGCUGCACCUCUUUAUUAGUACCAAUGCACUGACUGUGGACAGCUGGGAGGGUCAGGGGCUGGGCCCUGGGUGCUCCUAGGCCCCCCAUGCUCCUGAGACCGGGAAGGUGAACUGAGGGCUCUCGGGGUGCUCAUUGGACCUGCCCUACCUUUUCCUCAGCACGGUGCCAGGAAGCUGGAGCUUUGUUACCUGGCAAUUAGCUUCAGACCCUGGACUGAGGCCAGCCAGGUCCUGCAGGCUGUGUACCCUGAACCCAGGAGGCAGGCGAGGCUGCUUACACAGAGGCCCAGCUCACUGAGCGGCUCAAGGACAGGCCUGCCUAGGGAGCCAGCUGUGGGCACCCUCCCACGUUGCUCUCCCUGCCUGGGGCCUGUGCCCCACAAGGUGGCCUGGGCACUGUGUGGGUCCUCAUGACCCAGCUGUGCCAGGGCAGAGGGUACCAAGCCUUGAGAAGGGGAUGCCCCCGAGGGUGCCAGUCCAGCCAGCUGCCCUAUUCCUUAGGCCCAGCCUGGCACCCAAAUCCUCACUCUGGUGCUCCAAGCAGCCCUGUGGGCUGGCAGCCCCACCAUGGCUGAGCACUUGGAGCUGCUGGCAGAGAUGCCUCUGGUGUGCAGGAUGAGCGCACAGGAGCGGCUGAAGCAUGCCCAAAAGCGACGUGCCCAGCAGGUAAAGCUGUGGGCCCAGGCUGAGAAGGAGGCCCAGGGUAAGAAGGUCUAUGGAGAGCGGCCACGGAAGGAGGCCAUCAGCCGUGGGUGCCAGAAACAGGUCCUCUUCCCACCCAGUGUUACUCUUCUGGAGGCUGCUUCCCGAAAUGACCUGGAGGAAGUCUGCCAGUUCCUCAGGAGCGGGGUCAGCCCUGACCUGGCCAAUGAGGACGGCCUGACAGCGCUGCACCAGUGCUGCAUUGAUGGCUUCCAAGAGAUGGCACAGCAGCUCCUGGGUGCUGGGGCCAACAUCAACGCCUGUGACAGUGAGUGCUGGACACCUCUGCACGCUGCAGCCACCUGUGGCCACCUGCAUCUGGUGGAGAUGCUCAUUGCCCGUGGUGCUAAUCUCCUGGCGGUCAACACUGAUGGGAAUAUGCCCUAUGACCUGUGUGACGAUGAGCAGACGCUGGACUGCUUAGAGACUGCCAUGGCCAACCGCGGUGUCACCCAGGACAGCAUUGAGGGGGCCCGGGCCGUGCGGGAGCUGUGCCUGCUGGAGGACGUCCAGAGCCUGCUGGGGGCAGGGGCUGACCUCAAUGCCUCCUUGGAUCACGGGGCCACGCUGCUGCACAUUGCUGCUGCCAACGGGUUCGGCAAGGUGGCUGCCCUGCUGUUGGAACACCAAGCCAGCCUGAGCGCCAAGGACCAGGAUGGCUGGGAGCCGCUGCAUGCAGCAGCCUACUGGGGUCAGGUGCACCUCGUGGAGCUGCUCGUGGCACAUGGGGCUGACCUGAAUGGAAAGUCCUUGAUGGACGAGACACCUCUUGAUGUCUGUGGGGAUGAAGAGGUGCGGGCCAAGCUGCUGGAGCUGAAGCACAAACAUGACGCACUCCUGCGUGCCCAGGGCCGCCAGCACUCCCUGCUGCGCCGCCGCACCUCCAGUGCAGGCAGCCAUGGGAAGGUGGUAAGGCGGGUGAGCCUGACCCAGCGCACCAACCUGUACCGCAAAGAGCAUGCCCAGGAGGCCAUUGUGUGGCAGCAGCCGCCACCCCCCAGCCCAGAGCCACCUGAGGAUGAUGAGGACCACAAGACAGAUGCCGAGCUUCAGCUACCUCCUCCUGAGGAGGACAGCCCUGAGGUGUUCAGGCCACACAACGGUAGAGUAGGGGCCCCCCCUGGGCGGCACCUGUACUCCAAGCGACUGGACCGGUGUGUUUCCUAUCAGCUGAGCCUCCCGGAGAGUACUGCCCCCCAUGUCCUUGUCCGAGACAAGGCCCACCACACCUUGGCAGAGCUCAAACGCCAGCGAGCUGCUGCCAAACUGCAGAGAGCUGGUCCUGAGGGGCCUGAGGCCCCCGAACCUGUCCUGCCUGCUGCUAGGGAGAGCUCUCAGCCUAACCGUGACUUAGGGAUAGGCAUGGACCCUCCCCUGCUCAAGCUCACAGCCCCAUCGGAGGAGGCCCCCAUGGAGAAGAGGCCAUGUUGCCUGCUCAUGUGAGCAGCUUGGGUGGCAUGGCCCCCACCCCCGGUGUUCCUUGGUGCUGCAGGUGGGCAACAUGGACCCUUCCUGAUGUCUACCGGCUAGGACAUUGGCCCCUCCCAGGGAUGGACCUGUGUCGCAGAAGACACGCCAGGGGGCACCUGGCUGCAAAGACUGUUUUAUCCCCUGAGUCCUGGUAAAGAGCUGUUUGGCCACUGA